AUGGGUUCGUGUAUGAGCUCCGAGGCGACCGGAGAUGUUGAACAGAAGCGGAGGAGCCAGGCUAUCGAUCGCAAAUUGGAAGAAGAUUCGAGACGACUACGGCGAGAAUGCAAGAUCUUACUACUCGGCUCCGGAGAAAGCGGGAAGUCGACAAUUGUCAAGCAGAUGAAGAUCAUCCAUCAGAAUGGCUACACGGUCGAAGAGUUGUCAUUAUAUCGUCUGACCGUAUACAAGAACCUCCUUGAUUGCGCCAAAUCGCUCAUCGCCGCUUAUCACCAGUUCUCUCUGGAACCAUCGAGUCAAAAAGUUCGCGAUUAUAUCCAGUACAUCUUCGAAUACAAUAUCAACCCCGAUCCCAACGUGCCGCUCGACAGUAAGGUUGGGGAUGCGAUCACUUACCUCUGGAAUGACCCCUGUACGUCGACGGUCUUAGAGCACCAGAACGAAUUCUAUUUGAUGGAUUCCGCGCCCUAUUUUUUCGAGGAAGCCAAACGAAUAUCAGCUCCAGAUUACAUCCCCAGUGUAAAUGAUGUGCUUCGCGCGCGAACAAAGACUACCGGUAUCUAUGAGACUCGCUUUACGAUGGGCCAACUAAGCAUACACAUGUUCGACGUGGGCGGCCAGCGCAGUGAGCGCAAGAAGUGGAUUCACUGUUUUGAAAAUGUCACAUCCAUCAUCUUCUGUGUGGCGCUUAGCGAAUAUGACCAAGUCCUAUUAGAGGAAAGCAAUCAGAAUCGGAUGAUGGAAAGCUUGGUGCUGUUCGACUCUGUUGUCAACUCUCGAUGGUUCAUGCGAACGAGUAUCAUCCUCUUUCUAAAUAAGGUCGACCUUUUCCGACAAAAACUCCCUCGGUCGCCGUUGAACAAUUACUUCCCCGAUUACUCGGGCGGCAAUGAUGUAAAUCGCGCCGCCAAGUAUCUUCUGUGGAGAUUUAAUCAAGUCAAUCGGGCGCAUUUGAAUCUCUACCCUCAUCUUACUCAAGCUACCGAUACCACCAACAUCCGAUUAGUCUUCGCUGCCGUGAAGGAGACGAUAUUACAAAACGCCCUUAAAGAUUCCGGUAUCCUUUAG